AAUCGGAUAUUCAUCAUGAUGAAGGCUGGAUAUUUUCUUACCGUAUGCUUCAUCCUGUCUGUCAACAAGUUUCUGGUGGAACCAGCCUCGCAGUGUGAAGGUAACGCGCUCGCCGUGGUAGACUUUGAGGAUAAAAUUCUGUAUCGGCAUUUUCUGAAGAAAUUACACGAUGUCCCGACAGUGGCUGGGUGCGCUUCUGUCUGUGCGAGAAAAGUAUACUGCGCUUCGUUCUUCUACAACAUAUACUCCUUCAUAUGCCAGCUUCAUUACAGUGUAUCUGAUGACCCUGCAAACAGUUUGCCUGAAGCCGGGUCUAGAUACUACGUGUUAUAUGUCGACGAUAUUACACCUAGAAUAUUUCCGAAUUCACUUAAGACUGUCUGUGGUUGGAAUUUCUACUCCUACUCCUACUACUAUGAUGCGCAGAAUGGCAGUGAGGUGUGUAUCAGACACAGCGGGGAUUACACGGACACUCCUGAUGGCGCUAGAUCAUUGUGCACAAUAGACGGGGGCAGGCUACUACAACUGGAAACGGCGGCGAAAAACAGCUUCAUUCAGUCCAUUGUGUCACAGUAUUUCAACGAACACAGCGUAUAUAUUGGUGGGACGCGCUUCAACGGUGUGUGGGUGUGGAACUGGGACACCGACAAAACGAUUCAGUUUUACGACUGGGGCGUCACUAAAUCGCAGCAACCCGACGGCGACGGCGACUGCAUCCGACUGAGUAAAUCCGCAAAGUACCUGUGGUCUGACGGUCCAUGCGAUUCUUCGCACAGGUUCAUCUGUGAGAUAGUCCUUGAAGAUUGAACCUUUUUUAGGUCUCAACAACAAACAAAAACGACGACAACAACGUCAACAACUACAGCAACAACAGCUACAACAACUACUACUAAUACAACUACAACCAAUACGACAACAACUACAACAAUAACAACAAUACUUGU